UUGUAAUAACCUUUUGUUUUGUGGCAGUAAAACUAUGUCUAAUAGAGACUAGGAUUCUUUUUCUUAUCAGUGACAAAGGUAGAAUUUUGGAGCCUGUACAUAGGACAGGAGGAAGGUCAAGAAGCCGUAGUCCUAGGUCAAGGCAUCGAGAUCAUUAUAGGGACAAAGAUUCUAAAAGGAGAAGCCGAAGUAGAAGUGGGGGGAGGUAUGACCGUGAUCGGUACCGUGGAAGAGACAAAGAUUACCGUCAGCGGAGCAGAAGCCGCAGCCCGGAUUAUCACAAAGCUCGUGGAAGGGGUAAAUAUGAUGAAGAGAGGCGCAGCCUAAGUCGGUCUCAUGGAAGUGCCUCCCCUGUUCGUCGUAGCCCAAGUCCUCGGAGGAGCCCUUCUCCACGCAGAACAACCCCUUCUAGGGAUGCUAGUCCAGAUGGUCGUAAUCGCAAGGAGCGGUCUCCAACUCCCAAGAGUGUCUCCCCGCGUGGUAGACGUGCUGUUUCUCGCAGCCCCUUGCCACGUUCUGAUGCUGAUGAUUAAGUAGCAAAGGAGGAGGCCACAAUUGUCAUCUGGCUUUGGUCAAUGCUGCGUAUCAAGAGGACAUUCCCAAAUGAAGGACCUUUCAUCUAUUUUCUGCUUGCUAGAACUGAUUGGCCUGACUUAUUUAUAAGGUUUAACUCCUUUUGUUGUACUUGAUCCAUACCAUAACUUUGAUGUUACCUCUGCAUUCUGGUAUUAUGGAUUGGUGUUCUGAUAUUAAGAUAUCUAUUGUUGGUUUAUAAUUAUUGUGGAUUUUCUGUUUGGCUUUA